AUGUCGUCUUCGAAUCCCGACGCCGCGCCAUUUCUGCAGUAUCACGAGCCCGAAAUCGUUGACAUUCUUAUCCUGGUGUCUUUCUUCACCUUCCUAUGGCUUGCUGAGUACGUUUCGGCCAAGGUUAUCCGUGCCGGUAUCAUUGGGCCGAUUGCUGUUGGCAUCAUCUACGGCGAGCCGUUGGCAAACAUCCUCGAACAUGAUUGGGCUGAGACGUUCCUAUAUCUUGGCUACAUUGGCCUGAUCUUGAUUAUCUUCGAAGGUGGUUUGAGCACUCGCCUGGAUCUCCUCAAGGCCAACUUCACGCUGUCGAUCUGUGGAGCUACAACGGGUGUGUUGUGUCCAAUCGGUUUCAGCUAUCUCUUGUUGUAUCUUGGGUUCGGCUACGGCGCUGUUGAGACCUUCAUCAUCGGCGCUGCUCUCAGUGCCACGAGCCUGGGCACCACCUUUGCUGUCAUCUCAAGCGCCUCCAAGGACGUCGAUCUCAGCCAAACCAAAGUCGGCGCUGUGCUCGUCAGCGCUGCAGUCAUCGACGAUGUCACAGGUCUCGUCAUGUCCAGUGUCAUCCAUGACCUGGGUAGUAUCGCUUCUGGAGGCGACGUCAACCUGGGAUGGCUGAUCGGCCGACCUAUCGUCGCAUCUGCGGCCAUGGCGAUACUUACCCCAGUCCUCACCAAAUGGUUCUUCGCCCCUAUAUUCCGGAGAUACAUCGAGAAGCACUUCCACAAGUAUGACCACUUGUCAAACAUCAUGCUGAUGAUUCUGGUGUUAUCAGCCUUCAUCUCGGUUGCAGCCUAUGCGGGGACUUCCAUUCUUUUCGGAGCUUUCCUUGCUGGUGCGUUCUUGACGUAUCUUCCUUCUACGCAUCCAGAAGGUCCCUUCGUGGUUAUGAGCAGAGAGGAAGGCGAGCGCUCCAAAGACAAAUCGCCAACCUUUGUGCAUACCUUUGAAGUCUACUGUUUGGACGCGCAGCAGUAUGUGCUCGCGCCUCUCUUCUUUGCUAGUAUUGGGUUUGCAAUCCCUUUUCUAGAUCUCUGGACUGGAGAAGCUAUCUGGAAAGGCGUUGUAUAUACACUACUCAUGCUGGUUGGUAAGGCUAUUGUAGGUGUGUGGAUCCCAAUCUGGGCCGUCGCAAAGCAUGAUCCUAAGAAGGCGUGCGAGUCACAACAAGAAGAGUCCGCGGCCGAGAACGGACAUUCUCUUGAGAAGGUCAAAUCCUCUCCUGACUCACCCACUCGCGGAGCCGCGUUACAAUCCUCCGUCUCACCCAUGCUUUUGUUGGGUAUGGCUAUGGUCGCACGUGGAGAGAUUGGCCUACUAAUUGUGGAAAUUGGGUACAAUAACACACCUUAUGUUUCUCAAGAAGGCUUCAUAACAGCUAUUUGGGCCAUCUUGCUAAACACAAUCAUUGGACCUGUGUGCGUUGGAAUAGCCGUCAAGUACAAGGGUGCUAAGAUCAGCAAAGGGCCAUGGGGCUUGGUACCAGGACCUAAUCAAGCCAUUGAAGAAGAGAUGGGCAGGAGAAGAGAGUCGCGUCUGGAACAGCAGAUGCAAGAGGAGGGAGAGGCGAGGAUGGAAGCGCAUCGUAAUAGUCAGAUGGCAUGA